CUCUAUUGAGUGCGACCAAGGGUAGCACAGUCAAUAAUGAACGUCGAUAAUCUCUUUCACCGUCUCACCCCUGACCUGAUCAAACGCAUAGCUAGCUGCAUGCAUCCCAACUAUGUGUCGACUGGCUUCAAACUCGUGUGCAAAGAGGUCGCUGCCGCGUUGCGGGAGCGAUAUCACCGCAUCCAGCUGCGUGGCGAGCCGCGCACGCUCAAGCGAUUUGAUUCGAGUGAUAUUUCGAUUGCGAUAGCGGCUCAUCCCUGGCCCGGAGCUGCCUUCGUGGCGCACUGGGGCCGCCCCGAGCCUUGGCGCGCUCUGUCCCGCUGGCAGCGCCGCCAGCUGCUGUGCCUGGCCGCGUCCAGCCACCACCCGCCCAGCCUGGACGCGGCCCUGGCGCAUUGCGGGACGCUUAUCGAAGCAGACGCGCUUGUGUCCGCAAUCACUGCGGGCGACCUGGCAGCUUGCCGGCGGCUGUUUGAGACGGAGAGCUGCGACUGGGACGCCAAGCGGGUUCCGGAAGCGGCUGGUCAUUCCGGCAGUCUGCCCGUGUGCGAGUGGCUGGUGGACAGAGUCCCAGGGCGUGAGCUCAACUUGCCCAACUUCCUUCUUCCGGCAGCAUGCUACGCCGGUCAUGAGCAUGUGGUGGAGUGGGCGCUGCAGCGUGCGAAUGAUGACCGGGGCUGGUCUUGCGACUGGCUGGCGGCCGCUGCGGCAGGCGGCCAGGUGCAGCUGCUGCAGAGGCUGGCGGCUCGCUUUCCUGUGGAACCGGAGGCGCCUGGGAAGGGGACCUACGUGCUGGACGCCGUCGCGCUCGGCUGCCCGCUGGCGGUGCUGCAGCAGUACUACGAACCGUUAGGCGGAUUGCUGUUGGAGGAAGCUGUGCAGGAUAAGCAGGUCCUCCUGCUCAGUGCCGCGGCCAGCCCCACGCCCGACUGGGCCGACAAGUGCGAAUGGCUGUGUCAGCAGUGGGGUGGUGCUGUCGGAGCGCACGUUUCUAAUUCCAACAGCCGCGAAGAACGGUUUGCUGGCCUCAUGCCGCGGCCGGACUUUCCGCAGCGGCUGCAGCUGCUGGCGUCUCGCGGCCUGGGGAACCUGGUUAGAGACUUGGCACCAAAGGCGGCCGGCGCCAUCGGCAGCAUUGCGGCGGUGGAGUUCUGCCUCGACCAGCUGCCGGCGCUGCUGGCACGACACACGGUGGCGGCGGCUGGCGGUGGGCUGGCAGCGGCAGGCGGUGAUGGUGGCGCACAGCGGCCGGUGGAGGAGCAAGCAGUGAUGCAGGUCAUUGCAAUGGGAGCAGCUGGGCGCGGCCACGUCCCCGUGCUACGGCUGCUGCGGGAGCGGGGCCUCGAGGUUGGGGCUGACACCCUUUUGCGAACGCUAAAAAGUUGGGCCCGGCUCUUGCCUGGGGGCCGCGAGCGCUUUACAUCUCUGCGCUACCUGCUUAUGGAGGAGCCCGGCGCCAUGGCGCAGGGCGGUGGUGCCGAGCAGUGCUGGUCGUCUGUGUUUCGGCGCGCGGCGGUCAUUGGCGCUGACCUGCCGCUGCUGCAGCACCUGCACCAGCAGCGCGGCGCGGCCAUCGACCUGGCGGCGGUGGCGGAGGGCGGCAGCGAGGAGGCGCUGGAGUGGGCGGUGGCGGCGCUGGCGGCAGCUGAGGGGCAGGCGCCGAAGCCGCUGCCCUUGAGCGCGUUUUAUUCCGUGUUGAAAAGCGGUAAUUGGGCGGCGGCGGACUGGCUGAUGCGCCGCGGCCUUGUGGCGGCGCCCAGGCACCGGAUGCUGGAGAACCUCCUGCUCGAGAGUGCCUGUGUAACGGUAGCCGAGCUGCUGUGGGUUAUGGGCUCGGCCAGUGGCCAGGAGCAGGCGCCACAGGUGCGCUUGAAGGCUGAGCUGCAUGCGGCCCUGGUGCAGCUGGGGACCUGGUACAAGUCAGGCUGGGACGUCCCCGGCCGCAAGCAGUCGCUGUUGGGGCUGAUUGGCUCCGCUGCUGAGGCGCUGGGCGGGGCCGCCGGGGGCUCCUAGUUGGUAGGUUGUGGGCCGAGGAACCGGGGACGGGGUGGAGCGCUGCCAUGGAUGGCGGCGGCAGUGGCCGCCGGCGGCGGUGAUGGUCGCGGCGGUAGCAGUAGCAGUAGCAGGGGUGAAGGCAGAGGGAGUGUGAGCGGUCGAGACAGAAGGUAUGAGCCAUGCCACAGAGCGGCUAGGAGAGGCGGCGGUGGCAGCGACUGCGGUGCCGGCAGUAGCAGUGGCGGCGAGUGCGGUCUACACCUCAGGCACGAGCACAGCCACAGCCGCGGCCACAGCCACGGCCGCUGGACGGGCCUGGGACGUCGGCGGGGACAGGUAGACAACGCGGCUUCAUCAGUUGCAGCGGAGGCGGCCUCACAGUGCCUGUCGCGGAGGGUGGGCCGCAGAGAACGGAGGCGUGGAGGAGGCGGCGGCACAGGGGCGGCCACAGCCGCGGCGGCGUUCCUGUUCUUUCGUCACAAGCCGCCGCAACAGCAGCAGCAAGGGCAGGGGCACGGGGAACAGGGGCAGGGGCAGCAGUAGUAGCAGUAGCAAGGGCGGCACUGCAGCAGUGAGGCUGGGCGGCUUGGAGCUGGUGAUGAAGGGCGCGUGGGCGCUGCAUGCAGGCGCUGUGCAGGUUUGAGUGUCACCGCUGUGUGUCGCCACAUAUGAAGGACUCAUCAGGCUCGUACGCCUGCGGGGGUUACAUUCAUGAUUAUUUAAGAAGUGGGGGGGGCCUGGAGCUUCCGGCGUGUGUUUGGGUGUGUUGUAUUGGUGGCAAUUCGCUUGUUGUAGCGCGCUGGUUUUCAGUUUGCACGACGGUGGGUCGGGUAUGUUGAAUGCGCCGAGGUGUGCCAAGAUUGGCUGGCCAACUUGUUUCUUCAUGUUUCUUUGCAGCGCUCGUAUCUUCCUUCGUUCGGAACGAAACUUGCCCAAAAAGGCCUCUGGCGGACGAAAUUUUUUUGAUCUUGACUUGGAAUUUCGGCGCAUACGCACGGGAUCUUGGGGGGUCUUUCGGCAAACAGACGAAGACAUUUUUGGGAUUUCGGCCACUUUUGGCCAAGGACAGGGGGUUCCAGCGGCUACUCCACGGCCGAAACCUGCGUGGCAUAUGGUAAGAAGGCUCAAAGGGCUGUAUCUAUGGGUGUUGACGGCGGGAGACAGGGGUUCCCCUGGCGGGAGAGUGAGGUUGGGUCGGCGGGAAGCAGGGGAGGAGUGGGCGUAUCGUGUCGGUGUCGACAUAGUGCGGGUUGGGGGCGGAGCCCCCGGAAAAAUUUUGGGGGUGAACGAAGCGGCGGCAGCCUGUUUCGUCAACUAAACGAAGCCAUUUUAAGGAAUUCGGCCACUGACGCCGCCCCUGCCUUCGUAAGAUACGAGCGCUGUUUCUUUGUCAGUGUCUUCAUGACUUGUUCCUAGAUUGCUGGUCAGGAAUGCUGGGCGUUGCGCAAAGCUCUAGUUGGACACGUGUAGUAGCGACAUUGUGUGCUCUGCGGCUGGUGCAAACAAGGGCUCAGACAAGGCAAAGUGAACACGUGCCCUGGCCGUCGUUGAAUCCGUCCUGCCAUGCGCCAUUGUGCCUUGUCUCUCAGCACUGCGAGCACUGCCUAGCACCGCCGUGCGCCGUGCGGGAGGCCUAGUGGUCUACAGACUACCUUGUGCAGCAGGAGUUCCAGGCCUGUCUUCCUCGUGAGGUCGUCCUCGUGGAGAGCGCCAGGCAAGGGGGGCUGCCGGAUGUCUCUUAGCGAAGUGUUUGCUAGUGAAUGCGAAUGCAAGACGCCGUCGCGAGCUCCAGGCUAGCAAUAAACAUCACGAAACAAGUUAGUGUCAGCGGCAAUGCGGUUACUUGUUACCUUCGAGACGAGAC